UUUCCGAAAUUCUGUGAACCGGAAGUACUUUUUUUUUUGUGUUGCUGACGAUACUUGUAGACUCGGUGUUUUUUCCAUCAGAAAGGAAACAGACUAUUUCUGCAAGGCAAUGUUUUGAGCAAACACGUAGUAUACGGCAUAGUUCCCGUAUAUCGAGUUAAGGGAACAUCUUUUGAUAGUGGGUGAGGGGCAAUCUUGGGUUCGGUACACGGGCAUGGCAACAGUCGAGAAUGAUCCGAAGGCGAGCGAAGGCGGUGCCGCAGCAUUCUCGAAGGUCCACAGUCCUAUCUGGAGCGAAUAUCAACUUCGAAAGUAUCCUUUCCAGACCAGACCGAUACCCAGACUCUCACACACGGAUCCUAGAGCGGAGAUGCUCAUAAACAACGAGGAACCAUUGGUUUUAACAGACACCAAUCUAGUGUAUCCGGCUCUGAAGUGGGACGUCGAGUACCUGCAGGAGAACAUUGGGAGCGGGGACUUCUCUGUGUACAUAGCGGAAAACCACAAAUUCCUCUACUAUGACGAGAAGAAAAUGGCCAACUUUGAGAACUUUUUACCCAAGUCUAGACGGAUAGACAUGAAAUUCUCUGAUUUUGUGGAGAAAAUGGAGAAAACACAGGAAGAGGGAGGAGACGAGAGGGUGUACCUGCAGCAGACCCUGAACGACACUGUGGGCAGGAAGAUCGUGGUGGACUUCUUGGGUUUCAACUGGAGCUGGAUCAACAAGCAGCAGAGCAAAAGGAACUGGGGCCAGCUCACCUCCAACCUGCUCCUCAUAGGCAUGGAGGGCAAUGUAACGCCAGCCCAUUAUGACGAGCAGCAGAACUUCUUUGCACAAAUCAAAGGUUACAAAAGGUGUAUCCUCUUCCCUCCGGACCAGUUUGAGUGUCUCUACCCCUUCCCUGUUCACCACCCCUGUGACAGGCAGAGCCAGGUUGACUUUGAGAACCCUGACUAUGAGAGGUUUCCCAACUUCAAGAAUGUUGUGGGCUAUGAGACUGUGGUCGGCCCCGGAGAUGUUCUUUACAUCCCCAUGUACUGGUGGCACCACAUUGAGUCCCUGCUGAGUGGUGGCGUGACCAUCACUGUCAACUUCUGGUACAAGGGUGCGCCAACGCCCAAGAGGAUAGAAAACCCACUGAGAGCCCAUCAGAAGGUGGCAAUCAUGAGAAACAUAGAGAAGAUGCUGGGGGAGGCACUGGGAGACCCACACGAGGUUGGUCCUUUACUGAAUAUGAUGAUCCAGGGCCGAUAUGACCAGGGAUUCAGCUAGAGGUACUGCCGCAGAACUGUUGCCAAACUGCUGCUUGUGUGUGCGUUCAGUACACACGCCUGAUUUGUGUUUAUGUAGGCGAGCAUGUGUAUAUGUGUGUGCGCAUUCGGGCUGUCAAGCUAACAGUGCAUGGCAACACUGAGUCACCUUGAGAGACUUGGCCAAUCACACUUUCUGCUCUGAUUGUCUGGGAACCAUAGUCAUCGCAACCUCCGCCACCAGUGGGAAGACAAUAGUGGAUGGACAGACUAGCCAUGGACACCCACAUGCAGUAUGCCGUCAGAGACUGAUACUCUGUUGAUGAACUGUGUAAACUACAUAAUGUAGAGUUGUGGUAUUUGUGUGUGAGUCAAGUGAUAGGCAGCCUUGUAGGUAUCAAAGAAUAACCCCCAAAUACCAUCAAGGUGGAAGUUGCCCCUAAUUAAUCGCUGAUGCAGGGUCAGAUAAUAUACAUUUUAUCAUCACACCCAAUAGAAUUGGGGUUGGGAUAAUCUGAUCCUAGAUCUGUAGUUGGAGGCUAUUUCUACCUUGAGCACUUGAACCACUAAAGGGUGUGUGUUGGGCGGUUGUUACAUCUGAGUCAUAACCAACCAGAAACUCCCAUCCUCUAUUCAACCCCUCCUCCUGUCAUUACCGUUUGUAACCAUAGCAACACAACUGUAGCUUGAUUUAUUCAAUACGAAUAGCUCCCCUCAGAUAUAACAUACACUCACCGGACAGUUUAUUAGGCACAAUCUGAAUUCUUUGGGCAUUCUACAAGGUGUUGGAAAAGUUCCACAGGGAUGUUGGUCCCUGCUGACCCGAUGGUGUCAAGCAGUUGCUGCAGAUUGGACGGCGGUACAUUGAUGAUGUGAAACAACAGCCCGUUCCAUCUCAUCCCAUAGAUGCUCUAUAGGGUUGAGGUCUGGGGACUGUGCAGGUACCUCAAAUAAACUGAACUCACUGUGAUGUUUGUCCACUCCUCAAUUGUCCAGUGUUGGUGAUUGCUUGCCCACCGGAGCCACUUCUUCUUGUUUUUAGCUGAUAGGAGUGGAACCUGGUGUGGUCCUUUGCUGCAAUAGCCCAUCCGUGACAAUGGUCGACGAGUUGUGCGUUCCUGCCUGUUAGCUUGCAUGAAUCUUGCCAUUUCCUUCUACCUUUCAUCAACGAGCUGUUUUCACUCACAGGACUGCUGCUGACUUGAUGUGUUUUGUUUGUUGCCCCAUUCUUGGUCAAUUCUAUACACUGUCCUGGAGGGCGGCCUUUCUGAGAUACUGGAUCCGGCGCCCCUGGUACCAACGAUCAUACCAUGCUCAAUGUCGCUGAGGUCACUUCUUUUGCAUAUUUUAACAUUCAAUCAAACAGUAACUGAAUGCCUCGAUGUCUGCCUGCUUUAUAUAGCAAGCCAUGGCCACGUGACUCACUGUCUUAAUGAAUGACUCAUAUUUGUGAACAGGGUGGUGUACCUAAUAAACUGGCCGAUGAGUGUAUCAACUGAAUACAUUUCUAGUACCUAAAGUAGGCCUAUUUAUUUUGUGACAAACUUCUAAAUUAAUUUGCUGCACGUUCACCCUGAAAGAGAUGAGUCAUAUGUUGGUUAUUCUGUUGAUUUAAUUGUUGACCGUCAGUCAGUAAGCUGACUUGUUUCUGUAUGGUAUUACGGUUUUUAGGAGCGAUCAGCAAAAAACAAGUUAUAUUGUGUUUUAUAAACACAAAGAGCGCUUGAUUGUGUGAUUGCCUGUACUUGAUUUAUUUAAUUGAAAUGAUUUCUGAACAUUUCUAUGUUAUAAGUAUGUUUUGUGUACAUUUAGGCAUAACUGAUUUUCUGUUGGUGUGUUUAGAAUUUUUUAUGUUAUAAUACAUGGUACAUUUUAAGUCAAGAUUGAGGAUGGGCUAAAAAGUAUUUUAACUUAAUCAAUUGCAACUGCAAAGUAAAAUAAGAAUAUAACAAGUGUGUGUGCGUGCAACCGCACUCAGUGUGUGUCAGUAGAGUUGAAUGAUGGUUGUUAUUGUGCCAUUUUCAAGUGUUUCCAGUGAACACUUCACUUCAACAGGUGCAGUUUAGAGCAUAGGACCGAUUUUUAAAGCACAUAUUGGUGGCAUCCCAAAUCGUACCCUUUCCCCUGUGGGCCCUGGUCAAAAGAGGUGUACUUUAAAGGGAAUAGUGUGCCAUUUGGGACUUAGACCUAGUGCUGUGUUCCAAACCAGGUGUGUCUUUCAGGGUUGGGGCUGUUUUCAUUUCAAAUCAGGAAGUUAACAAUUCUAAUUUCAAUUUUUCAAAUUGACCCAACCCUGGUGUCAUAGGACCGUCAAGGUGGUUUCAAGUUAAUGGGAGUAAAUAAGUAAAUUACAAGUAAACGAUGUUCAAAAAGUUGUAUGUGUGGGUAGGGCUUUGGCAGUCAUGACAUUUUUCAGCUGGUUAUUGUCAUGCAAAAGAACGUUAAUUAACAAUAACACGUUUAGCAUCUCCGGGCCUACAGGCAUACACGCCGUUCAUUUAAAAAAUGAUAGUAAAUCAAUUUAAUAUACACCAUCACAAUAAAGCCAUUUUCUAUUUUAAUCAGUUAUAAAGAAAUGUAUUUCCGAAGAACAGAAUAUGACUUGGCCUACAAUAUGUUAUCUGUCUAUGCUCCAUGCCAUAUACUUGUUUAUUUAGCUGACAAGAUAUGCUUAUAAGUGCCGUGCCAUUAUUUGAUAUUAUUCAAUAGUAAGAAGAAUAUAAUUGAGCUUAGUUAAAUAACGUAGAAAAUGAUAUUCUUCCCAUUCCGGAGCGAGUGCACAUAUGAAGUGGCUAUGUUUAGCGUAAAAGUGAUCAUUUGAAACAGGUCCUAUAUGCUAGAUUUAGUGUUAUUUGGCAACUUUAGUUGUGAAUGAUGCAAACCGUAUGAAUCAAAACAUAUAUGGCCUGCGUGAUGUGACUAUAGGCUAUUUAUGAUUUGAGAGUCGCAAACCAGUCCUUGCCUCAGGCUGCACAGCUGUUCUUUCAUCAAGUGAUCAUAUUUUCACCCAUCAGACUAUUCUCGAUUUAAUAUUUACUAAUAUGUCAAAUGAGUUUAGAUUUAGAAUGGCCCAUUAUCAAAUGGGCAGGGGGGAAAAGACACCAUCUGUAUGCACUCGAAUUGUGAAUGGAGGCCUGGCGCGUUCUCGACGGUCUGUUUUUCAAUGAUGCCUGGUGCUUCGGUUUAAGAGCAGAGCUUCGCUUAAUAUGAGCCGCUCCAUGCAUCACCCACCGUUUGAGGAGAAUGCUCUUGCUGCGCGACAUGUGAUAUUCCACCCAAACUCUAUGCCAUGGGCUCGCCAACCCAGUUCCUACAGCUACCAAGUGCUGAAUUUGGGAAACUGAAUGUAAUCGGUUCGUUAACGUCAAUGUUAAAUGUUUCGUUGCGAAAACAUGUUAACUAAACUGUUGACAGCCCCUCUGCACGCUCUAGAAAUGAAUAAAGGAAAGGGUUGAGGGGAUAGAAAUGCAUGGUGGUGAGAUAUUCUGUAUAGCUAAAGGGAAUGUGCCACACAAUUAAUUAUGAAAACAUAUGCCUUAGGCAUGCUGCAAGGAGGCAUGAGGACUGCAGAUGUGGCCAGGGCAAUAAAUUGCAAUGUCCGUACUGUGAGACGCCUAAGACAGCACUACAGGGAGACAGGACGGACAGCUGAUCGUCCUCGCAGUGGCAGACCACGUGUAACAACACCUGCACAGGAUCGGUACAUCUGAACAUCACACCUGCGGGACAGGUACAGGAUGGCAACAACAAAUGCCCGAGUUACACCAGGAACGCACAAUCCCUCCAUCAGUGGUCAGACUGUCCGCAAUAGGCUGAGAGAGGCCGGACUGAGGGCGUGUAGGCCUGUUGUAAGGCAGGUCCUCACCAGACAUCACUGGCAACAACAUCGCCUAUGGGCACAAACCCACCAUCGCUGGACCAGACAGGACUGGCAAAAAGUGCUCUUCACUGACGAGUUGCAGUUUUGUCUCACCAGGGGUGAUGGUCGGAUUCGCGUUUAUCGUUGAAGGAAUGAGCGUUACACCGAGGCCUGUACUCUGGAGCGGGAUCAAUUUAGAGGUGGAUGGUCACAGCAUCAUCGGACUGUGCCUGCAAUGACAACAAGCUAUCUUAACGCUGUGCGUUACAGGGAAGACAUCCUCCUCCCUCAUGUGAUAUCCUUCCUGCAGGCUCAUCCUGACAUGACCCUCCAGCAUGACAAUGCCACCAGCCAUACUGCUCGUUCUGUGUGGGAUUUCCUGCAUGACAGGAAUGUCAGUGUUCUGCCAUGGCCAGCGAAGAGCCCGGAUCUCAAUCCCAUUGAGCACAUCUGGGACCUAUUGGAUGGUGAGGGCUAGGGCCAUUUCCCCCCAGAAAUGUCUGGGAACUUGCAGGUGCCUUGGUGGAAGAGUGGGGUAACAUCUCACAGCAACAACUGGCAAAUCUGAUGCAGUCCAUGAGGAGGAGAUGCACUGCAGUACUUAAUGCAGCUGGUGGCCACACCAGAUACUGACUGUUACUUUUGAUUUUGACCCCCCCCCCCCCCCCCCAGGGACACAUUAUUCAAUUUCUGUUAGUCACGUGUCUGUGGAACUUGUUCAGUUUGUCUCAGUUUAAAUCCACGGUAAUUGUUGGAAUGGAAUUCAAUUCUGCAGAUAACUUGCUUAAAUGUUUAACGUCUUAGUGUACACACUAAUGCACAGUUUUGUAACAGCCUACAUCCGUAUCUGACUAAUCAGACUCAUCUUCAGAAACACAGUUCUGGCACAAAUACAUUGCCUGGCCUGAGGUGCAAGCAUCAUGGGCCCAUUUGUUGCAUCUCACACACUUCACCCAAGUGUCCUUUGGCAUGUUGUUUGAAAAUGGCUCCACACAGAUGAGACAGAAGCACUCUUCAUCCGAUGACUCUUCUACAAUAUUUAUUUUUUUAGCUUCCUUCUUGUUCUUUGCAGAUCCACAUUUUGAACUGGACAGGUUUGUGUCUGAGCUCGUGCUAGGCUGAAAUGGGGCUGGCAGGUUGGUGCCUGGCAGGGCUGGAAUAGUGCUGGGGCCUGGCAGGGUUGGUGCUGGGGCCUGGUAGGGUUGGGUUCUGAAUGGGGUGAUCUGUAACGUAGGAUGGCGCAAACUCGUUUUCCAGAAAUACAUCCCUGUUGUAAGGUUGUACCCCAGCCACCCUAAAGCCAGCCUGAAUGUUCAAGGGUGUUGCAACCAGAGGAUUGGCAAUUGCAACAAUCCCAGGAAUGUCAUAAAUUGAUGUUGUCUUCCUGGGAUUGUUCCUCAUCCAGGCAUCACACGUGGUGUUGAUGUGCCUCUUUAGUGGCCUGUAGACAAACCUGUCUAAGGGCUGAAGCCGAUGAGAGCAAUGGGGUGGGAAUGACAUAAUAGAGUCCAUCAAUGGACAGAUGAGACUCAUGGUUGUCCAAAAGGAGUAAACAGGGCUUCUCCUUUGAGCACCUCGUAUGCUUGACGAAAUGUUUCAGGAAGUCAACAAAGUGCACAUCUUUAAUCUACCCAGAGGGAUUUGCCCCUCCUUUGCUGCCAGGUGUCCCAUUGAUCAGGAAAUGAUUGUGGAAGUUGACACGGGGAAUAUAAAAUAUGGAGGUUUACUAUUCCCUGUGGCUGAGACAGCACAGGCCAGUGUGACAAGGGUUCCCCUUUCAGCGGAGGUCAGUGACCCUACUUGUUUGAAUCCACGUCUGCCCACCACUUUGUCAGGUUUAUGUUCAGUGGUCACCCCAGUUUCAUCGACAUUCCAUGUCUCCUGGUCCAAAUGGUUAUUUCUGUAGCACUUCUGCGACAUUGUCGAAGAAAGCAUUAACAUUUUCUCUGUUGAAGCUACUUGCCCUGGCAAGGCUAGUUGCAUCUGGCUUUCUCAGCGACAGCGUUGGGUGCCGCUUUAAGAAGCCUGUAAACCACUCCGAGCUGGCCUUUUCCUUUUCUGCUCACAUUGGCGCGAACUUCAGCUGGUGUGCCACAGAAAACUGGUAGGCAAGUCUUCUGACCUCACUUGGCAACAGACCAAAAUAAAUGUCAGCUGACCUAAUAAUAUACUGAACAAGCUGCAUCUCCAAAUCAGCUGAAAAAACCUGCCGUGGCUUUGUAUAGCCUACCACGGUUGUUGGCAUGGCUGUCUGACUUUCAACUUCUUCUCUGGUAAACUUUGACAAUACCUAGUCAGAAUACAGUAAUUUAUGGCAAAAUCCUUCUCUGUACUCCUGAUUUGAUUUGUUCUGCAACUUCACCUGCCUCACUGCCUUUAACAUUAUGCCAGGUCGUGUGCUGCCAUUCUGUCUUUCUUUUAUCAUUUCUAACCAUCCUUCCUUCCUUCCUUCAAAAACACAUUUCCUCAUUGCAAUUACAGAUUCAUUACAGGCUUAUCACGCCCACCUUCCCGUCUACUAUUCUUGUUGCCACAAUGCAAUUCAUAACACUACUUCAUACAGUGUCACAAAUUUAGAGUUGUGUGUGGAUAUACUGUCUCAUACAGUAGGCAUGUAGUGUGUUAGUAGACACACACGCCAGAGUUUGUUUUGUGUAGUCCAGGGAUAUGUCUGCUGCUCUAAACUAUAUGUCUAUAUGAUAAUCCAUUUACAGUAACAUUUAAUACUAUUAUCAGAGCUGAUUACACAAUAUCACAAUGUAUUUUGAGCAUGUUCUAUGUAUACUGGGGCAAAUUGUCACGUGAAGACUUUCCCCAAGGUCAUUGAGACAACUUGCCCCAAACUGACGUGUGCUAAAUCUCAAGGUUAGCUCAACAUAGGACUGCAGCUAAAGUAUCAAAAGACACGUUAUUGUCUCCUCCAUUCAGUGCAAAAUUAUCAUUUUGAACAUUCAUACCUAAAAGUUUUAUUGCAUAAAAUGUAAAGUGCCAAUUUUUGAUUUUCAAGGGGAAAAAUAAGGAACUUGUGCUCACUUCAGAUUAGUAACCUUGACCACAUGUGAACAGGAAGUUGACCAUAGAACAUGUAGUCACACUAAUGAGCUAUUUGAGAUAGCGCCUCUAGUGUUGGAGAUAUGAACAGUUUGACAACUUUUCCUCGCUUUGGAUUAUAGGCUAGACCAAUUAUGUACUAAAGACAUCCAAAAUCAGUUUUGUUUUAUGGUUUUCUGCCACGUAUAAUAUGCAGUAGGCUAUGUAUUGUAUAAGGCACAAUCAUAAUUGCGUAUGCAUAAGCCCUAAUAUGCAUAUGGAUGUUUUGAAUGAAUAAUCACCAUAGAAAGCGCUGUCCAUUUCAUUGUUAGGCUUUGCCACAACAACCAUGUUUUACACUCUGUUUCAACCUGCUGUUGAACUCCUUUCUUCAAAUUGAUCGAUCACAGUGAGGUGAAUUUUAAAAAGCAUGACACCGAUGAUGAUGAGUGUUUGAUGUGAUUUUUUUUGAUGCAUUUACAUUGAUAUCAGAGUGGUUAGAGGGACAAUAGAGCCCUGAGUACCAGACCGUUAAGGACCUGAUGGUAGUUAGUGAGUUGGCUACUACCAAAGCUUGUCCAGAGUGCAUAAUAGGAGAACACCGUUACUCAACUGUCACGUUUAAUUUUACUGCGGUCUUGACUGCUGGUGUGGCGAUAAUACGUCACUGCAACAGCCCUAUAGUAUGGAGGCCCUUCUGUGAUUGGUAAUGUGGUGAUUUAAACUGCAUCAUAUUAGUUUGUUAUUAACAGUAAUAUAUUAAUAGUCUGGUUAAACCAGACUGACCAUGGCUGUGCUCAAUGGUGAACCCAGCAUUCACUAGGCUAAUAUACUAAUGCUGCGUGUUAAAAUCCUACACCUUCAGUGACUGACUACAAAUGUUCUAGGAGUGUUCUGGCCAUGUGUAUUAUCUCCCCAACAGGCCGUAUUGUACUCCUCUGGCAAUCUCAAAACAAAUAUGGAAUGUGCCAAGCGGAAUGUUCAUGUCUUGUUGUUUAUAUAUAGGGUGAUAUUCUAACAGUGUGUAGCAGCAAGGGAGUGUGUGCUUGAUUGUUUAUAGUAUCAAUAUUAGUUCAAUGAAAUGGUCUGUUAAGUAAUUUUACAGUUAAGUCCCAGAGGUUAAAUUGCUCUCACUGUGUCUGUUUCUCUUACCUGUACUUUGUGCCUAGCUCUGUUAUGGCAUGGUUCAAGAAAUCGUAAGAACAAUGGAUAUCUUUAUUUUUCUUUUGUGUCUUUUCUAAAAACACAUUUCAAAAACCUUAACAUUGUUUUCUGGGUUCCUGCACUUGUAUGAUUUGAGUGUGUCUGCUGUAUUGUGCACUGAUUUCUAAAUGACUGGAGUUCUAUUGUUAUGCAAGUAGCUUUGAAAUAAAAUGUUCAACUUUAUUGAUCAA